AUGCCUUAUGAUGCUUUAACGAGAAUUACUCCAACUACUCCAAAAGAAUAUAUUUGGGAUCAAAAAGAGGUCCUGGCAACAGUUAAGAACAAAACAAAAUUAGCUUUCCAAGCAAUAUCUCAUUGUAAUUCUGAAUCUGGUCGUGAUCUUAUUUCAAAAAAACUACAAAAAUUAAUGGAUUUGGAGGUUGUUGGUGUGUGUUAUGGUUUGGAGGUUGUUGGUGUGUGUUAUGGUAGAAGAGGGUGCAAUGAUGAAUGCUAUAACAGUAAUUUAGGUAAAAUUAAAUUUGAUUUAAAAAGGCAACGAGACAUUUGA